AUGGUGGUUUGCAAGUUUUUCCUGCAGGGUAAUUGCAGAUAUGGCAACAAUUGCAGAAAUGAUCACCCAGGGAGCGGAUUCGCGAAUCAAAAUAGGUUCGGGGCUUUGAGUGGCGGUGGUGCAAAUCGACCUGGAGGGCCCGGUAACAAUCGUCGACAAGAUUCCUGGCGCGUGAAUAGUGCCGAUGUGAGAACUGACUUGUCCCCUGAUAAGGCCCGACCAAAAUGGAUCUUAUCCUCCUAUGGGCCCAGCGCAGAUUGCCCGGCUUCACUCCUCGAGAGCAAUGAGUAUAGCCCGGAAGAAGUGCGCGUUCGGUUCUACGAACAUGCGACCUUAGGCAAGCAAGCUGAAGCCGAUCAAGAAGCGAUUGCGCUUUGGAAUAAAGCAGAGCAGGACAUGAAGCAGAUUGUCAACAAUGCUGAAGACGUGACCAAAUUUAUGGAAGAUGCAGCUAAGAAACAUCCGAACAGAUACGACAUUGUCGAAAAGAUCGGCUCAAAUUCGCGGGACGAUGGCAACAAGCCCGCCUCAAAUACCUCAAUAGGUAGCCCUUUUGGCCAGAACUCUUCCGCCAAUCCAUUUUCAAAACCAGCUGCCACCUCAUUUGGGACCCCAAGCCAGCCUGGAGGAUUCGGAAGUCCUUCAACAUUUGGAAAGCCUGCAUUCGGACAGACCGGCUUCGGGAACUCUGGAGGAGGAUUUGGCCAGCCUUCUUCGACCGCAUCUUUUGGAAAGCCUACGUUUGGCAGUUCCGGCUUUGGGCAGCCAGCAUUUGGUCAGGCAGCUCAGGCAUCAUCUCCUCUGUCUCAGCCUUCACAACCCACAGGCUCAUUCGGGCAGCCGUCCCAACCUUCUUCGACUUUUGCACAGCCGUCUCAGCCCUCAGGCUUUGGACAACCAGCGUUCGGCUCAUCUGGCUUCGGUGCCAACGCUUCUAAGAACCCAUUCGCUCCAGCAUCUGCUUCAGGUGGGUUUGGUCAGUCCUCGACGGCAUUUGGUCAGGCGUCCCAGCCAGCUGCCGCCUUCGGACAACCCAGCCAGCCUUCGGGUGCAUUUGGACAAACGUCGCAGCAAAGUUCAGGGUUCGGACAAGCGUCUUCGUUCGGGAAACCUGCUUUUGGACAGGCAGCUACAGCCUUCGGGCAACCCUCGCAGUCAACCUCGGGCUUCGGACAGACCACGCAAUCCAGCUCCAGCCCAUCUCCGUUCAGUCAACCUGCCAAUACUUCUUCCAGUUUCGGUCAACCCUCACAGCCAACGGCGUCGGGCUUUGGGCAGCCUUCCUUUGGCACAACGACGACUUCAUCGUUUGGGCAACCAAGUGCUCCGGCAAACCCGUUCGGGGCUAAGGCUGCAGAAGAGCGGGUCAAAGAUGAAAACAUGGAGACAACAUCUUCUGCGGGGACGAUGCCGGUCUCUCGUGCCAAUCCCUUCGCAACGCCCUCUACUCAGCCUCCGGUACCUGUACCAGCUUCAGCACCUGUUAAGCCGAUCGUCAACACAUCCUCCACGGCACAUCCUCUGAUCGGGCGGCCUCCACAUGCGACACAUUAUACGCAGAGCCUGCCACCUCAACCCCCACAGAAGAAUGGGUCGAAUCAACUGAGCACAUACAGAGGACAACGUGUGGAAUAUUUCAAUGGUACACCAUGUUACAACCGACCAGACGGCAAGGGGUGGGAGAAGAUUUGGUUCCCCGAUGCUGGAGCUACUGCAGAUGUCGUGGUAUUGAACCUCGAAAACAGAAAGUACGAUACGCAAGGCAAGGACGACGAAUACACAAACGAGAUUCAAGAGCAGUAUAAGUAUCUUUUUGAGGAGGGUCGGUUUAAGGAUGGACAGAUCCCGUUAGUCCCACCCAUGCGAGAAUGGGAUGUGUACGAUUUCUAG